AUGUCUAAAAAACGAAAAGCGUGUCUCGCAAUUGUUUUAUAUUUUGCAUCCGCAAAAGAACCAAAGCGGCGGCGUUGGGCUAAGGAAUGGUAUUUAAAACGAGAAGAAUUUACUAGUGAAAAUUUACUACGUGAAUUAAAGCUAAGUGAACCAAGGGAUUACCAAAAUUUUUUACGCAUGAAUAAUGACAGUUUUAAUGAGUUGUUGGAAAUGAUAUCUCCAAUAAUUACAAAACAAGAUACCGUGAUGAGAAAGGUUAUUUCACCAACAGAACGACUUGCAACAACGCUCCGAUUCUUAGCAACAGGUCGAAGUUUCGAAGACUUAAAAUUUAGCACAGCAAUAGCACCACAAACUAUCAGCUCUAUUAUUUUGGAAACAUGCGAGGCUAUGAUAACAAAACUGCAAGAAUACAUUCAGCUUCCUAAGAAUUCUGAAGGUUGGAGUGCAGUUGCUAAGGGAUUUGAAAGCAAAUGGAAUUUUCCUCAUUGCAUCGGUGCCGUAGACGGAAAGCACAUAGCAGUACAAAAGCCUAAAGGAUCUGGUUCUCAAUAUUACAACUACAAACAUUUUUUUAGUCUUGUACUAAUGGCAGUCGUAGAUUCAAACUAUGAAUUCAUUAUGGUUGAUGUAGGAGCAAAUGGACGUAUGUCAGAUGGAGCCGUGAUAACAAAUACAAAAUUUGGUCAGUUAUUAGAAAAAGGAGAAUUAAAUAUCCCUCCUCCAAAAAUAAUGCCCAACAGUAAUUAUCAAUUACCAUUUGUUUUUGUCGGAGAUGAGGCAUUUGCACUAAAAGAUAAUUUUAUGAAACCUUUUCCUCAAAGAAAUUUAACUAGAGAAGAAAGAGUGUUUAACUACAGGCUAUCCCGAGCUCGGCGUAUAGUAGAAAAUACAUUUGGCAUAUUAGUAUCACGUUUUAGAUUACUUUUGACGACAAUAAAUUUAUCACCAGAAAAAGUACAAAGAAUAGUUUUAGCUUGCUGUUAUCUUCAUAAUUUUUUAAGAAGAAAAAUAAAAGAUCAAUACUCAGAUAUUUCAAAAUGCAAUAAUUUUGAUGACCCUCAAAAUGACGUUAAUAUAGAACAUCCUCAAUUACACUGUCUACAACCUCUACGAGGAAGAAAUGCAUCAAUAUCCGCGAAAAAUAUUAGACUUAAGUUCUGUGAUUAUUUUAACAACGAAGGGAAAGUUACUUGGCAAGAAAAUAUUAUUUAA